AUGCUGCCGCCGGCGCCGAGGCCACUGCUUGUUGCCGCGGCCGUGCUCUGGUUUUGCCUCGCGGUGACGAAUGCCAAGGUACACCACUACGACUGGGACAUCUCAUACCAGCACAAGUCCCCCGACUGCUUUGAGAAGCUCGCCGUCACCGUCAAUGGCGAGGCCCCCGGCCCGACCAUCCGCGCCACGCAGGGCGACACCAUCGUCGUCACCGUGAAUAACAAGCUCGAGACCGAGAACACCGCCAUCCACUGGCAUGGCAUUCGUCAGAUUGACACGCCCUGGGCUGACGGCGUCGCCGGCGUGACGCAGUGCCCCAUCCUACCUGGCGAGACUUUCACCUACAAAUUCGUCGUCGACAGGGCGGGCACGUAUCUGUACCAUGCGCACUACGGCAUGCAGCGAGUGGCGGGGCUCAACGGCAUGAUCGUCGUGACCGUGCCGGAUGGCGUCAGGGAGCCCUUCACGUACGACGAGGAGCACACUAUCCUCCUCCAAGACUGGUGGCACAAGAGCGUCUACGACCAGGCCACGGGCCUCUCCGCCAAACCCUUUGUCUUCGUCGGUGAGCCCCAGUCUCUACUCAUCAAUGGCCGAGGAAUGUUCAACUGCUCGAACCUUGCUACCCCCACCGGAUCGUGCAACAACUCCCGCCCGGACUGCACAUUGCCUGCUCUAUUCUCCAUCGUGCCGGGGAAGACAUACCUCCUCCGCCUCGGCAGCCUCACGUCGCUCUCGUCACUCAGCUUCGAGAUUGAAGGCCACUCUAUGACGGUGGUGGAGGCCGAUGGGCACUACGUCCGGCCGUUCGUGGUGAGGAACCUCUUCAUCUACUCUGGCGAGACAUACUCCGUGUUGUUCAAGGCCGACCAAGACCCGAGGCGGAACUACUGGGCCACGUCCCACAUUGUCGGCCGCAACGCCACCAUGACACCAAGCGGCAAGGCCGUCGUGAGCUAUGCCGGCAACGACCCGCGGAAGACACCGCCCACUGUGCCAACGAACGGCCCAGCAUGGGACAACACGGCCAUCAGGGUGGAGCAGAGCAAGUCCAUCCUCGCACAUCCGGGCUACGUCGUCCCGGUGCCAGUGAGAGCUGACCGCACGCUGCUUCUGCUCAACACACAGAACAACAUCGACGGCCACAUCAAGUGGACAAUCAACGGUGUGUCCCUCCACUUUCCGGCCACGCCCUACCUCGUGUCUAUGAAGCACGGCCUCACCGAUGCAUAUGAUCAGCGCCCACCUCUAGACACCUACGACCACAGGGGCCAUGACAUCUCCGCUCCGGCGCCAACAAACGGGACUAUUGGCAGCCCGGUGUACCGACUGGCAUUUGACUCCGUGGUGGACGUGGUGCUGCAGAACUCCAACAUGCUCAACAACAAGAGUGAGACGCACCCGUGGCACCUCCAUGGACACGACUUCUGGGUGCUUGGACACGGGGAUGGCAAGUUCAACCCGACAGCGGAUGCAUGGAGGCUACUGAAUGUGAAAGACCCAAUCAUGAAGAACACGGUGCCGCUACACCCAGACGGCUGGACGGCGAUAAGGUUCCACGCGAACAACCCGGGGGUGUGGCUCUUCCACUGCCACGUCGAGGCACAUGUGUUCAUGGGUAUGGGAGUUGUGUUCGAGGAGGGCGUGGAGAGUGUUGGACGCCUACCGUCGUCCAUCAUGGGGUGUGGACAUUCCAAGGGACUGCAUUGA